ACAUAGAUGACACCAUCAACUUGGAUGACUCAGAAUGGCUACCACCAACAACAAAAAAACAAGCUAUGGUAGUUCCAGAUGAUGAUUACGUGGAAAUAGUUGGAGAGUAUGUGCCACCCAGACCUCAACGCCGCAGUGCACGCACAGUUCAUGCUCAAGUCCUUGACGUGCCUCUCAUUGUUGAAUGUAAACAACCUGAUGGACCUGAUGAACAUGUGUUGGAGCUUUCAACUGGCAAACGUGUAGCAAUUACUAAUUCCUUAACAAAUGCGGAGUCUUCAGAAGUCAACAAAGCUUCAGGGUCUUCUCAUCAACCCACUGAAUCUGAAGACUUUGUACCCUUGAGUUCUGGUGCCCCAUUAAAACUAAGACGACCAAGACUUGUUGCUUCCGAUGAACUCGUGGAGUUCAUUCCUGUAGCUCAAGUUAAACUGAAAUGCUCAAAACUUGUAAAACAUAAAGAUUCAUUGUGCCUUGAUUCUCAUGUUCCGGUUAAAGGUGAACUUAAAUCAACAGACAAAACUACUGUCACAAAGAAACCAAAAUUGCCCGGUGAGGCCUUUGAACAUUCUGAUGAUCUAAAAACUGAGCACUAUCUAAAAGAAUUCAAUAAUAACGAUGGUUCAUCCUCAUCAAGGAUGUUGAAAAUUGCCAAUAAGCUACCAAUCAUUGAUGCACUUAAGCAUGAGCAUGAAUGUGACGGUGAUGACUCACCAGAAAUGCCCCUUUUAAAAAUGGAGCCAGCUUCGGAGAACAAUCCAACUAACGUAGAAGCGGAGUUAAAAUUGUACAAAACUGAACAAGUGGGUGAGACAGGGGAUUACGGCAGAAAAAGUGAAGCUUGCAGUCGAAAAAAUGAACUUGUCAUUUCAGAAUCUGCAGGUGGAAGCAGGCUUCACAAUCAGGAAAGUGGUCCAUACAAUCGAGGAAGAGGGCCUUACUAUCAAGGGAAUAGGCCUUACAAUCAAGGGCAUAGGCCUUACAAUGAAGGAAGUAGGUCUUACCAUCAAGAAAGGGGGCCUCGCAAUCAAGACAGCGGGCCUUACAAUCAAGACAGCGGGCCAUACAAUCAAGGAAGUGGACCUUACAAUCAAGGAAGUGGACCUUACAAUCAAGACAGCGGGCCUUACAAUCAAGGAAGUGGGCCUUACCAUCAAGAAAGUGGGCCUCACAAUCUAGCAAGUGGACUUUACAAUCAAGGAAGUGGGCCCUUCAAUCAAGGAAGUGGUUCUUACAAUCGAGGAAGUGGUUCUUGCAAUCAAAGAAGUGGGCCUUUCAAUCAAGGAAAUGGGCUUUUCAAUCAAGGUAAUUGGCUUUACAAUAAUGGUAGAUGUCAUUUUAAUAAAAGCGGUCCAUUCUAUAAUGAAAGCCACCCGCCCAGUCGUGGGAUUGGUGUAUCUACUCACGCAAAGGCCCCAAUUACUAGCAAAUACAAGGAGGCUUUACCGGAACUAGAGACGUUUAAUGCUGAGUUUUCCAUCAUGUCUCUUGACAUGUCAACUUCUUCGGAGUUUUCUCCUGCUAAGACAAAGCCUUCUUCAUCUUGUGCUGAGCUGAAAUCAUGUAUUCCUGGCGCAGAGUCAAGCAGACAAAGUUCUUCCUGUGAAAAGCAGAGUGUCAAGAAAACAAAAUCUCCAACAAAUAUUUCUUGUAAUUGGGAUCCUGCCCAGGUGAUAUCAUCGCGGCAAGGAAUAGAUGUUAACCACGCUCGAGAAAUCAUCAGGUUAGUGGACCAAGAGUGUACGUUGCCAUUCAUAGCACGAUACAGGCGAGAGAAAACUGGCGACUUGGAGAUCGGAAAACUUCGCGAGGUUUUGAGCUCCUAUGAGCAGCUGAAAGAAGUAAAGCUGAAGGUGUCGAAAAUUGUUUCUGCANUGAGUGCAAGUCUACGGACCACAGGCAAGGGAACUUUUGCUAAUCGAGCUCGUAAGGCAGGGUUGGCGCCUGCUGCAGAAGAGCUUCUUCGUAACCGAGACGCCGUAGCCACUAGAAAUGAACUCCAGAAGUGGGUGGUUCCAGGGAUGCAAGGACGCGGCACCAUCGACGAUGUUGAGUCCGGCAUCAAGUACAUCAUUGCUGAUAUCAUCAGUAAAAAUGCAAAGAUGUUGGAAGAGAUGAAAACUUGGUUGAAAAGAAGCAGUGUGAAGCUAGUCUCUAGUCCUUCUCGCAAAGUUCUAUCCAAGUUGAAGAAGUCACCCCUGAAGCCUAAGAAGGUUCUUGCCAAGCGCAAAAGUUUGGGUGGCACUGCAGCCACGAAGAAAGGCGACUCUGCCCUGUCGGAUGACGUGAUCCAAAAAUACAAGCAGUACUUCGAAUUUAGCUUGGUGGCCUGGCGAGUGGCUUCUCAUGCUAUCUGCGCCAUAAACAGAGGCGAGCAGCAAGGCGUGUUGACCGUGAAAGUGGUGCCCCCAGACGAAGCCUACCACCGGUUUUGUUCGCACGUUCACCGAAAUUUUCUUGGAUCCACAAACCGUAACCUUGGACAUGGAUACGGAGAGUCCUACGGGGUGCGCUUGUUACUGGACACCCUGCAGGAUUGUUGGGAUAGACUGGUGUCGCCAAGCCUGAAAUUGUGGGUGCGAAGUGAGCUAAGUGACACGGCAGAACUCUCUUCUAUUGAAGUCUUCGUGACGAACGUACGCCACCUUCUUCUAACUCCACCCGUCAGAGCAAACACUGUCCUCGCCAUCGACCCUGGCUUUGCCAAAGGAUGCAAAGUUGCUGUCGUUGAACGCAAAGGACGAGUAUUGGCUGUUGACACAAUAUUUCCCUUCGCGGCGCCUCGAAACGAAGCUGCGGCACAAACUCUCGUCAGACUCGUCUCCGAGUAUCUCUGCGAAGUCAUUGCCAUCGGCAACGGUACAGCAUGCAGAGAAACUGAGGCGUGGCUGAGCAAGCUUAUCAGCGAAGAAGCUUUUGGUGCACUGAAUGUUCAGUACACAAUUAUUAACGAGUCUGGUGCUUCUCAGUAUUCGAUUACGAACGAGGCAAGCGCUGAGUUCCCUGGCAUGGACAUUAACCACAUCAGUGCCGUGUCUCUGGCUCGUCGAUUGCAGGACCCCCUCCUUGAGUACGUUGUUAAAAUAGUCCCUCAAACCUUGAGGCAGCGCGCUAAAAGCAAUCUUGCACCUCUUUGCCCAUUGGACUCCACGACAGUGCAUCCCGAGUCAUAUGAAUCUGCAAAGUCGCUCAUUUCUUUGGCGUCACUCGAUAUUAUCAAUAUUGGCGACCAUGAAUUCAUUCAUGCACUCAAAAAUUUCAUGGCACGACAUAGUUUACUUGAAAUAAGUGAGAAAUGUAACUGUUCCGAAUCUUCACUUAAAACCAUCUUGGAGAGUUUAUACCAGCCUUUGGACUUCGACUUCAGGGCACAAUUUCAUAAGCCUAUUUUCCGGAAAGGAGUCACUAAUAGGGCUGAUCUAAAAACAGGUCAACUCUUAACUGGAAGUGUGAGGAACGUGACAACCUUCGGCGUGUUUGUUGAUAUCGGCGUUGGCCAAGAUGGCUUGAUUCACACUCGUAAUCUGAACGGCUCCCGCUUGCAGGUUGGAAACGUCGUCCAAGUAUCGGUCAUCAAUGUAAACACCAGCCGCGGACGUAUCGGCCUAAAGUUGAUCACAAUCGUUAGCUAAAUUUUCGAUACACUGAUGCACUUCUGUUCUGCAUUAUGCUUGUGUUCUGCAUUAUGCUUGUUUUUGUUAUGAUGAAUCAUUGGGUGACCGGUUGGAAUCUCCGUUUAUUGUUUAAUUUUUCUUAGGUUGCAUUCUAACGUAAAAUAUUACGAUUUAUCCACUUGCAAAGAAGCUUUUUGAGGUGAUAUUAGCAAUUAAAAAAACAUUGUUUUAGCUCAGUAUUAUAGAGCCUUGAUUGUUCAGUUCAAAGAAUGAUAAAGCAGCAUUAGCUUCAUUUACGUAGAUAAGAUGAAAUCUGAUCU